AUGGAUGUGAUGUUGUUGAGGGUCGCCUCUCCUGCCACCUUAAACCCUGCUGGCUCUAAAUUUUCACGACCACAUUCCCUUUUUAUCGGCCAUAGUUGGCAAAAGUGCAGCUUUCCGUUCCUCAAUUCAAGAGUUUCAAAGCAUGGAAUACUAGUUUUGGUUAAAGCUUCUGCAAUUUCCAUCGGGAAGAGUGAUUUCUUUAUGUCCCCUGUUUACAGCUGCGCCAAAUCUCUUGAGCAUCUGACUUCCAUGUUUGUCAAACGUUGUGUUCUCAAUUUGGCACGGAAAAAUCGAGUAGAUGAGAGUGAGAGCUAUACCUUAGAGGGUAUAAGGAAUUCUCUAAUUCGACAAGAGGAUAGCAUUAUAUUUAGCCUCGUGGAGAGAGUUCAGUAUUGCUACAAUGCGGAGUCGUAUGACCCCAAUGCUUUCUUCAUGGAUGGAUUCCAAGGCUCUUUGGUUGAAUUCAUGGUCAAAGAAACUGAAAAGCUUCAUGCUCGGGUUGGAAGAUACAAAAGCCCCGACGAGCAUCCUUUCUUCCCAGGUGACCUACCUGACCCAGUGUUGCCUCCUUUGUUAUACCCACAGGUUCUGCAUCCCAUUGCAGAUGCAAUCAAUGUUAAUAGAAAAAUAUGGGAUGUGUACUUCGAAGAUCUUCUUCCAAGAUUGGUUAAGGAAGGCGAUGAUGGUAAUUGUGGAUCGACUGCAGUUUGCGACACACUUUGUUUGCAGGCACUCUCGAAGAGAGUUCACUAUGGCAAAUUUGUAGCUGAAGCAAAAUUUCUAGCCUCACCCAAUGCCUAUAAACCUGCUAUUCGAGCACAGGACAGGGGCCACCUGAUGGAUUUGCUGACAUAUCCAGAAGUGGAAGAGGCAAUCAAAAAGAGAGUAGAGAUGAAAACCAGAACUCAUGGGCAAGAGGUGGCAGUUAAUAAUGGUGGAAAUGGAUCUGAUCCAGUUUACAAAAUUAAACCAAGUUUAGUUGGCGAUCUAUAUGGUGACUGGAUCAUUCCAUUGACAAAACAAGUUCAAGUUGAGUAUUUAUUGAGAAGACUGGAUUGA